AAUUGUUUCCUUUAUCUGUGGUAAUCCUUACAGUAUAAAUAUGCUCAAAGAUAAGUUAUUAUCAACAUUUGCAUCUUCAUUCACAUCAACUAGGUUAAACAACCGCCGAAAAAAGGUUUAAACGAUGAAGUGCCUCAGUGUUUUACUGCUAGCCAUUGUUGGUAUCGCCAGCGUGACAGCUUACUACGGCCAUCACGGCAUGUACAGGGGUUAUGGUUCAAUGUAUGGUAUGGGUUCGGGAUCACUAUACGGUGGCUAUAGAGGUAUCGGGUAUGGCGGAUAUGGCUAUCCAUAUUCUGGAAUCGGCUAUGGCUCAAUGCUUGGCGGUAUGGGUUAUGGGUCUAUGUAUGGCGGAAUCGGUUAUGGAUCUAUGUAUGGCGGUUAUGGCUCCAUGUAUGGAGGAUACGGAUCUAUGUAUGGAGGCUAUGGACGUAGAUAUGGCGGGUACGGAUACAAACAUGGAAAAUAUCCACACUAUCAUCCAAGUAAAAAAUACGGAUACGACUAUUAAGAUCAACGUGCUUACCAUUCUCUGAAACACCAUCCAUUUGUGUAUCCAUACUUAAUGUGAUUAUUGUACCCUUACUUGCUGGACAAGUCCUUGUGAACAUGUGGUGUGCCUGAAAGAGAACUAGAAAUAACCUUUUUUCAACAUUCUACAAAAUUGACUAUCAAGUUAAACAUUGUUAGUUGAACAUACAGUUCAACCACUAAAUUAAACAAUCAGAUUAAAUGAUUUAUAGUAAAAGUUGCUCCUUAAACUAUAUGUAUGUAUAAAUGUUGAUGUUCAUUGUUUUGUGUAUUGUUUUGCUAUUAAAUGAAUAAAAUCAAUAA